AUGGGAAUUGCCUCCAACUUCCUAGGACUUGGCGCCAUAACAUCAUGUUUCGUUUCGUGUUUUUCAGCCGCAGCAUGUUUCCGAACACGUCAUUGUUGUGAUUCUAAAGUAGCAAGAGUUGCUUAUGCAAUAAUGCUACUUUUGAAUUCAAUCCUUGCAUGGGUAAUGAUGUCUGAUUGGGUUGCUAAAAAACUUGAGAAAAAUAUACAUAAAUCCUUACAAUUGAAUUGCCCAGAAGGAAGUUGUUUUGGAGUUUUAACGGUUCAUCGAAUCUGUUUUGCACUUUCAUUGUUCCAUUUUAUUUUGGGAGGUUUGGUUGUUGGUGUUAAAGAUACGCGUGAUCCUCGAGCUGCAAUCCAAAAUGGAUGGUGGGGACCAAAGGUGAUAUUCUGGAUAAGUCUUAUUAUUGGAACAUUUUUCAUCCCAAAUGACCUUUUUUUGUUUUGGGGAAAUUAUGUUUCAUUGAUCGGGGCAACAAUAUUUAUCCUUGUCGGAUUAAUUCUCUUGGUAGAUUUUGCGCACACUUGGAGUGAAAAGUGCCUGGACAAAUAUGAUCAAUCUAAUAAUAACAAAUGGAAAAUCAUUCUUAUUUGGUCAACACUUUUAAUGUUUGCUGGCGCAAUAUUGAUGACAUCGUUAAUGUAUGAAUUCUUUGCCGGAUCAGGAUGUUCUGUCAACCAAUUUUUUAUAUCAUUCAAUUUGAUAUUAUGCGUACUUGGAAUAUUAUUAUGUAUCCAACCAAAAAUUCAAGAAGGAAAUCCUCGUUCGGGAUUGUCACAAGCAUCAAUGGUGGUAAUUUAUUGUACUUAUUUAAUCUUAAGUGCAGUGACGAACGAACCGCCUCAUGACAUGUGUAAUCCAUUAAAAUCCCCUCAUAAAACACGACAAACAUCAGUUGUCUUUGGAUCUUUAUUUACUUUUUUGGCUAUCGCUUAUUCAACUUCAAGAACAGCUAGUCAAGGCAAGGCGUUAUUAAUGAACUACCUUUCUUCUUCAGACCAUCAUUAUAAAUAUCAUCGUCCCAAAGAUGAACAAUCCUUACCCUCAAAGCAUUUUCCAGAUGAUGAUGAUGUUGAAAGAAGGAUUCUACCUUCAUCAUCUCUGGUUGAAAAAGGAGAAAAGGUCAGUUAUGAUCCUGUAGACGGUAAAAAACAUGAGGUUGCUUAUAAUUACGUAUUCUUUCACUUCAUAUUUGCAAUUGCUGCUAUGUAUGUUGCCAUGUUAUUGACGAACUGGAAUACCAUUACAAUUACUGGCAAUGAAAAGUUGGUUGCAAUUGGUCAAAGUUUUACCAUAGUUUGGGUCAAAGUUAUUUCAAGUUGGAUUUGCUUUUUAUUAUAUUAUUGGUCUUUGCUUGCUCCCGUCUUGUUUCCUGAUAGAUUUUAUGGCUUGAAAGAAUCUUAUAAAGAAAAGAAGGACGAGAUUUCCAAAGGAAAAAGAAUCCUGGGAAUUUGCAAGAAAAAACUUAGGGAAUUUGACGACUUUGAGGAAUCCGAAAUUCCGGAAUUAAGGAAAUUUUUGUUGAUAUCCCGUACUUUGUGCCUUGCCGACUUGAAAAUAGAUAACUUAAAUUCAGAGAAAAGUGUUCUCGAAGCGUAUGGCGCUAAUGAUGAGCCAGAUAAAUAUGAAACGACAGAAGAACGAGAUGACGAAAUAGAUAGUUUGAAUCCAUAUAUAUUCAAAUAUGGGAUCAUAUCUGGAAUUGAUGAUGUCCCGGAUAUUGUAUUGGAAAAUUGUGAUGACUCGUGCGGCAUCAAGUCCGGUGAUGAAUCUCCUAAAAUUGACCAUGAAAGUGCCAAUGAUAGUUUAAUUGCAACCGUCUCAUUUGAGGCAUCGCAGGAACUUUAUGUCAAUGAAAAUGCAAUAGAAUGCGAUGAUAGGGCGGUCUUAAAUUUUAACGAUCACUAUUAUGAAAGGAAGCCUUCAAUCGCUGUUUCAUUUUCACCCCAAGACAGCCACGAAGUAUUAGUUCCAAGGCAAUUGGGCAAGCGCGAUCGGGGCUUUGAUAAACAAAAUGCUUUUGGUGUAGCAAGCCAAGCAGGUUGCAAGAAAGUUAAGCGCGUCUAA